UUAUUCCUUGAAGAGUUCAAUAUCUGGCUCUCUCAAGUGUGGUCAUUCUCUCUACAACUACCAUUGUCAUGCUUGUUGAUUUUAGCACUCAUUCUAAGUAGUCAUCCCAAUGCCUAGCCCUGUUGGGGUGGGAUCUAAUCCUCUUGCCUUCCAUCCUGCCUCAGCCAGUCACACCCAUGGAAUCAGCCUGCUAGGACGACCAUAACUACUACUGCAGAAGAGAAGAAGGAUGGAGAGAGAAACAAACAUCAGUUGGUUGCCUCCUGUAUUUGCCCCAGCUGGGGACCAAACCUGCAACCCAGGUUCUGAGCAGGGUAAAAUGGGGUCUCGGAAAUGUGGAAGCUGCCUAACAGGUCUGCUGAUCCCGCUUGCACUCUGGAGUAUAAUUGUGAAUAUAUUAUUGUAUUUUCCAAAUGGGCAAACCUCCUAUGCAUCCAGCAAUAAACUCACCAACUACGUGUGGUAUUUCGAAGGAAUCUGUUUCUCAGGUAUCAUGAUGCUUAUAGUUGCAGCAGUUCUUCUUGUUCUGGAGAGUAAUAACAACUAUAAAUGUUGCCAGAGUGAAAACUGUGGCAAAAAAUACAUGACACUGCUGUCAAUGAUCUUUUCUGCCCUUGGAAUUGCUUUCUCUGGAUACUGCCUGGCCAUAUCAGCUUUGGGCCUUGUCCAAGGCCCGUACUGCCGCACCCUCAAUGGCUGGGAAUAUGCCUUUGAAGGCACUGCAGGACGUUUCCUUACAGAUUCCACCAUAUGGAUUCAGUGUCUUGAGCCUGCACAUGUAGUGGAAUGGAACAUUAUUUUGUUUUCCAUUCUUAUAGCACUCAGUGGGCUUCAGGUGAUCGUCUGCCUCAUCAGAGUAGUCAUUCAGUUAUCCAAGAUACUGUGUGGAACUUAUUCAGUCAUCAUCCAGCCUGGAAUCAUUUGAAUAAGGACAAGAAUGUUUUCCAUUAUCAAGUUAUGGUCAUCUAUCAAAGUCUCAUAUUUAGGGUUGAGGGCAAUACUCAAAUGAUGUUUUCUCCAUUUGGUGUUUAUUACAGCCAUUUGUGAAAUUUACAGUCCUCCCUGGAAGUGCAAAUUAUGCCACACUUUCAUUUAGAAUUUUUUAAGCAAUAUGUAUCAUGAUCUUUAGAAUGUUUAUAUACUUUGAUUAAACAAGUCUAUUUCUUAUUUAUUUCUAUACCUCUGGAAAUAAAGAAGAAUACAAAGUAAAACUUAUUCUAAUGUAUACAUUUCAAGGUUAUUUAAUAAUCUGGAAAAUUAGAAGUACCUAAAAAUUUGAAGGUUAUAGAAAAGGUUAAAUAAAGUGUGGUACACUCAUUGUAAUAUUAUAUGGUAAUUACAAAUAAUGUUUUAAAGAUUAUGAAUAGUGCUAAUUGAAGUAGCAGAUUACAAGUUUAUGUUUAUAGUAUAAGCAUAACCUUCUAAAACAAGUAAACAAACAAAACACCUAGUAAUCAAAACAGAGGAAAAAAACUAAAUCUAGAAGUAUUUACACAAAAUGUCAAUUGUGAUUGAUUUGUGUCAUAGGUGACCCUUCCUACAUUUCUGUAUUUUCCCAAGUUUUCUUUAUUAUGUUUUAUUGUCAAAAUCUUUUUGAUAAUACUUUUUGACUCAUAUUUUUACCAUUAAAAAAUUCUGUUAUCUUCCAACCUUUAAAGAAGCAUAUGCUUUUUCCAAUCUUGAGUACCUGUAAAUGGCAUAGGAUAACACUUCAAUCAAUGUUCAAUGAGGAAAGCAGUGAGUGAGAUAAGCCAAAGAAGUUUUACAUAAAUAUAUAUAGCCUAGCUGAGUUCUUUUUUUUUUAAAUAAUUAGGGUAGGAAAGAAGUGUAGGAGCUUCUUCUUUUUCUCUGCUGUGUAGUAUUCCGUGGUGUGAAUGUACCAGAGUUUUCUGAUCCACUCAUUUACUGAUGGGCACUUAAGUUCCUUCUAGCACUUGGCUAUUAUAGAUUGUGCUGCUAUGAACAUUGGGGUGCAUAAUUUCUUUUUGGUGUUUCAUGGUUCUUGGGACAUAAUCCCAGCAGUGGAAUUGCUGGGUCAAAAGGCAGUUCCAUUUUUAGUUUUCUUAGGGAAUUCCAUACUGUUUUCCACAGUGACUGUACCAGUCUACUUUCCCACCAACAGUCCAUUAGGGUUCCCUUUUCUUCACAUCCUCUCCAACACUUGUUGAUUUGUUUAUGAUGUCUAUUCUGACUGGUGUAAAGUAUUAUCUCAUCAUGGUUUUAAUUUGCAUCUCUCUGAUGGCUAGUGAUGCUGAGCAUCGUUUCAUAUGUUCCUGGGCCCUCUUUAUGUUCUCCUUGGAGAAGUGUCCAUUCAAGUCUUUUGCCCAUUUUUUAAUUGGGCUGUUUGUCUCCCUGGAGUGGAGUUGUGUGGUUUCUUUACAUACUUUGGAGACCAAACCCUUGUCUGAGGUAUCAUUGGCAAAUAUGUUUUCCCAUAUAGUUGGUUCUUUUUUCAUUUUAAUGCUGUUUUCUUUGGCCAUGUAGAAGUUUUUUAAUUUGAUGAGGUACCAUUUGUUAAUUCUUUCCUUUAUGUCCCUUGGUCUAGGGGACAUAUCAGUGUAGAUGUUGCUGCAUGGAAUGUCUGAGAUUUUCCUGUUGAUAUUUUCUUCUAGGACUUUUAUGGUGUCACAACUUAUAUUUAAGUCUUUUAUCCACCUUGAAUUUAUUUUUGUGGAUGGUGUAAGUUGGUAAUUGAGUUUCAUUUUUUUUGCAUGAAGCUGUCCAAAUCUCUCAACACUGUUGAAGAGGCUAUUUUUACUCUAUUAUAUGUUUCUUCCCCCUUUGUGAAAUAUUAAUUGACCAUAGAGGCUUGGGUUUAUUUCUGGGUCCUCUGUUCUGUUCAUUGAUCUAUGUGCCUGUGCUUAUGCCAGUACCAGGCUGUUUUGAUUACAGCAGCCUUCUAAUACAGUUUGAUAUCAGGUACUGUUAUCCCACCUACUUUCUUCUUCUUUCUCAAAAUUGCUGCAGCUAUUUGGGAUCAUUUAUGGUUCCACAUAAAUUUCUGAAAUAUUUGUUCUGUAUCUGUGAAAUAUGUCAUUGGCACUUUAAUAGGAAUUGAAUUGAAUCUAUAAAUUGUUUUGGGUAGUAUAGCCUGAGUUCUUGGCUUUAUUUUCUCUUCCCUGGUGAUGAGUGUGAUGGGCUACAAGAGAUAGCCAUGAAAUAAUGAACAGCUGAGGACAUGUUCAAUAGGUUAGACAAAGUGACCAUUAACCAGUUGAUAUUAUAAUUGUCAUGGGGAGUUAUCACUACCUGUAUUUAUUUUUUAAAAGCAUAUUAAGCAAAACACUGAUAAUUUUCCUGCCGAUACUUACCAUAGUCUCCUUGAGAAUAGCAGCCAUGUCUUAAAUUUUCCUAUCACCCAAAGGGCCUAGCAUAAAGUGAGCAUACUAGACACUCUAUGUUCUAUAUUCGAAUUAGCCCCUUCUGCUCAUUGUGGCUGCUCUGUUGAAUACCUCUCUCCAUUAUAAGCCCACUGUAUCUUAACCCUUCUGCCAUUUCCUCAUCAUUGUCCUUAUUGACAGUGUCAGCAAUGCUCUGCCAACACCUUCUCUGUGCCAAAGCUGGGCAGUAGUAGCCAGUAGUCUGGAGAAUGCCUCUCCCUUUGGUGCCCGCUCAGCCUACUGCCUUCAUUAAGAGAGCCUGCCCAGCCCACAACUUUUGCUGAAGUUCACACCUUGAAAGCAUGCCAUGUGUGCACCACGUGACCCCAUGCCCCGGAUCUAGAUGACAGAAUUGGGACAGGUACUCAAGCCAUGGGCAGCCUAUUGUCACCCUAGUGGCCUCUUGCUUAGCUUAGCCAAGAGUAAAACAUAUCCAAACAAGAUUAACAGUCAUUCUUUUUUAAAAAUUAUAAUAUAUUUAUUUCAUAGAAGUUUUUUUUGUAUCUUCAUUUCAGCAAAACCUCUAGGUUAUCACCAAAAUACCACAUCAUUUAUCUUCUACAAAUGGUAAUGCCAAAUUGGACAAACUUUCUGGUCAUUGUAAUUUUUUUAAUUUAUUUUAAUUGUUGUGCAAGUACAGUUUUCUGUCAUUUACUCCCAUCCCAGCCCACCCCCUCAGUGCUCCCCACCUCCCUCCCAUUUCCACCCCCCUUAGUUUUUGUCCAUGUGUCCUCUAUACUUGUUCCUGUAAACCCUUCCCCUUUUCCCCUGAAAUUCCCUCCACUCUUCCCUUGGGUCCCUGUCAGCCUGUUCUCAAUUUCAGUGUCUUUGGUUAUAUUUUGCUUGCUUGUUUGUUUUGUUGUUUAGGUUCCUGUUAAAGGUGAGAUCAUAUGGUAUUUGUCUUUCACUUCCUGGUUUAUUAACAGUCAUUCUUGUUUGAGAAUCUGAACUAGGAAGCCAAGAAUGAAACAAUCCAGGAACUGCUGUCAGAAAAAUAAUUAAAAGAUAAGGAAGGAAGCCAACAUACAGAAUAUCUGAUUACUUUACAAAGGCUACAAGCUCAUAUGUCCAGUACCCUCUUUCUUUAGUUCUUACAGUCCUCUUGUAAAUAGACUUCUGGCAGGUCAACCCCUCAGUUUGUCAGACAUAUUAGGACUGUCUCAACCAUGUUUAGAUUCAAUGUGUUACCUUACAUCAAGUGGGCCAUGGAUAGAUGUCAGCUAAAUGACUCCACCACAGAACUGGAAACAUGUGGAAAAACAGGGGCACAGUCAAAUGCAAUACCAUAUAUCUGUCAGUAAUUUAAAUAUAAACACAGCCACUCAAAAAUUUAGUAUUUAAAAAGCGUAUGCCGAUGCAAUUUUAAGUAAAAGAGUUCAAUUCAAAUCUACAUGUGCAGCUUGUGCCCAAUUUUUUAAAACAACCUUGUAAUUACAAGUAGGCAUGUACAAAUCUUCAGAUACACAGAAAAAAAACACUGAAAAAAAUACCUCAAUGUUGAUAGUUAAUAAUUAGCACCUAGUAAUGAAAUUUCUUUACAUUUUUCUAUAUU